ACACCACACUUUUUCAAAUUCCGCGCCUUUUGUCAAUCAAGGCAGCAACGUUACAAUAGCUGUCAAAACUGCCAACAUUUCCAGUGUACUUUAUUAAUUUUUCUAGCAAAUCAAACGUUUUCGUGACUUUCCCAAAUACAAAACUCUCUUAUAAUACUUUUACUACGAAUAACAAUAUUUAUUUUAAUAUUUUAUCCCUUUGUUAUAAGUUUGUUUAUAAUAAAUUGCUCAACGGCGUCGUAUCCGGCCUCGUUAAACGGCCACCAGGCGGCGCCUCUAGUACAACGUCACUCGUGUGUAAUGUGUAUGUAUAGUUUCCUUCUGUUUUGAAACCCAAGCAAGCUUAGUGAUUUAGUUCUUUUGGUAAUGUAAUAAGUGAUCCGAUAGUGCUAAUUGUGUAAAACUCCAGAUUUGCUAAGAUGGAAAAAAGGAUUCUUUUGGAGCUUCGGGGAAGAAAUCCCUCACAGGUCAAGGAGUUAAACUUAGACAAUUGUAGAGGCAAUGCAAUUGUCGGACUUACAGAUGAAUAUAUUAAUCUAAAAAUACUCAGUCUCAAUAACUCGGGACUUACAACACUGAAAGGUUUCCCAACACUUCCAAAGCUAUGGAAGCUAGAGCUCUCAGAUAAUAGAAUAUCUAGUGGACUCAAUUUCCUACAUGGAUGCAAAAAGUUGACUUAUUUAAAUCUUUCUGGUAAUAAAAUCAAAGAUUUGGUAACUUUGAAACCACUAGAAGCUUUUGAAAAACUGAAAAACUUGGACUUGUUCAACAAUGAAGUAACUAAUAUUGAAGAUUACAGGAGUAAAGUCUUUGCUCUACAUCCAUCACUGAAAUAUUUAGAUGGAUAUGACAAAGAUGAUAAGGAAGCUGAAGAUAGUGAUGCCUUCAGUGGUGACAGUUACGAAGAGAAUGGAAAUAAUGACAGUGAAGAAGAUGAUGUGGAUAUAGAUUUGGGUCCGUUGGUCAUUGACGAUGAUUCCUUGUCACAAAGGCCGACAGAGACAAAACCGUCUCUACUAAUGUCAAUAUAUUCAGUUUAUGGUCUCAUAUUCCACAUGGGUUACCUAUUAAAAAAGUCUGAUGAUGAUGUUGAAGAAGAAGAUGAUGAGUUAUCACUUUCUGAAGUCUACAAUGAGAAUCUUGAGGAGGAGAGCUCAGCGAGUCCAUUGUAUGAAGCAGAAGGAUACUUGGAUGAAGAAUAUGAUGAUUUUGAAGAUGGUUAUGAGGAAAAUGAUGCUAACGGUGAACACAACUCCAAAACACAGGAGGGCGCAAACACGCGGGAGAACACCGAAGAGAGCACUCGGGGUAAAAAGCGGAAACAUGAGGACGACGAGGAAAACUGAAAGUUGCCUUACGCGGAGUUAUCUUACUAGUUUGUAAGUGUACAGCGCUCCGAUACAUCGGACAAUAAAGCACCACAAAUUGAACUGUUCCCCGUAGACGAGAGAUUGUUAUGAUCCGGAGCGACCGUACUGCGGAAUGUUGCGUCUAUUGAGAGGAAUCUGUAGUUUGUUGUCCGACAAGUUAAUGUUUCAAUUAAAUUGUUUAUGUAAUAAUCAUUUUUUAUUCUAUUGAAAUGCUUAAUUUUUAGUCUAAUCAUUGAAUUGAAAGUGCAUGGAUUUUAGGGUUAAAAAUAGCUCUCGACAAAUCUUAAAAGUAUAAAUAACAAUUAGCUAUAAGUGAAAUGAUUUUUUUUUAAUGAUUCCGAUGCCUUUUGACACAUGACGAUUAUAUUCCGAUGUGGGUAUUCCGCCUGUAUAUUAAUAUGACCAACUAUUAGACUGGUUGAGACAUAUUAAAUAUGAAAUAAAAUUCUAUGUCGUGACGAUUUUCAUAUUUAUGUACAAAAAUGAAAACACAAAAGCAAAGAAUAAAAUAAAAUGUUAGUAGGGGCAAACUGCAUACUUUUGAUUGACUUGUAUAUAUUAUUGUGUUUGAAUUUAUUUUAUUAAUUGAUUUUAAAAAUAUAUUUACUCUCUUGAACACCAUUAAUGUUAAAUGUCUAUGAUUUCACUUGUAAAUUUUUAAUAAUUAUACAUUUAACCAACGCCCGCCCGAGUUUUUUACGCUUUCUCCACAAGGCAAAAGAACGAAUUACGACAAAACAUCUGUUAAGUUGAAUACCAUAACAAGUCUGUGAUUAACCUCAACUUGUUUUCGAUAUGCUGUCUUUUUAUACCAUAUUUUAAUGUUUCCAAUGUCUAAACUUGUAUAAAAAACAUAUUAUUUUCUCACAUAUUUGAAUAAAUAACAUGUUUUAAUACAGGUGUAAUGUUGACUCGUGUUUAAUCAAUUUUGGUGUGUUCCUUUGCUGAGUGGCGAAAACCGUGUGAACAUCAGGUUUAAUGCAAUACAGUACUAAGAAUCAAUUACAUAAAUACUUUAAAAUCACGGAUUGUACAAACAUUAUUAUUACUAUCGACAUUUCUAAAAAAUCUUAUUAAAAUAUCAUAUUUCUCUAGUUAAUUCUAAUCAUAACUUUGAUUAAUAAAAAUAUAUUAUAUAUUAGUUACAAAACACAUGGAAAUAUUUUCUAAUGUACAUUACAUAACAAAUAAAUUAUGCCUAUGGCAAAGUUAUCCAUAUUAACAUUUUGCUAUACAUCUAGGUCAAGAACUUUGUUUUGUAAAAUUUACAAGUGAAUCCUUCGACGAAACUUAGAUAUAAUUUUGUACUCGUGAUUUGGACGUUAUUGAACAUAGAUGGUGAUCAAGAGUGAGCAAUUUUAAUAUGUAAUAGAUAAUUGAUUAAUUCAGGCAAUGUGUUAAAUACCCAAAUGAUAUCAAAAUUAUAUUGCAAUCUCACUAAUGAUAAUUCCGCUCAUCAGUGUCGACAAAGAGCGUAAACAAAUCAACUAUCGUAUCAAAUACUAGGGCGUCUGAUGAGUUAAGAGAAUAUUUUUCUACAAUAUAUUUAAAUCUUAAAAAGAGCAAUUUAUGCACUUGUAUCAAUGAUAGUUAUGAAAUGUUCGGUUGAUGCGUCAUGGUGAAUGUGCCAGAGAUAUGUUGAAGAGAAUUUUUAGUUAAUAAUUUUAUUGUAUUAUGUAAGUCAUUAAGUUUAAGUAAUUUACAACUUGGCCUGUUGAUAUAUAUUAUAUAAUCCUAUUAAGACUUUAUUUCUGGGAUUGUAAAAUAAAAACUGAACCUUA